CCUAAACCGUGAACCCAGUACCCAUGAAUGAAGCGAUUUCCCAUUGUACUUUUGUUCUGUGCAGAGAAUGGCAACAAGGGCAAGCUUGGGAAGGCAGCGUACUUGGAGAAGUGGAUCACAACAAUAGCUCCAUUAAAAGCCGGCGAAACAGCCUACGAUGUCAGCUUCGAGUGGGAAGAAGAAGAGAUCGGAGUUCCAGGAGGGUUUCUUAUCAAGAACAAUCACCACAACGAGUUCUUCUUAAAGUCUCUCACGCUUGAAGAUGUUCCUGGGGAAGGAAGAAUCCACUUCCCAUGCAACUCCUGGGUUUAUCCUGCCAAGAACUACACCAACGACCGCGUUUUCUUCACAAACAAGUCGUAUCUGCCACAUGAGACGCCAUUGCCAUUGGUGAAAUACAGAGAAAAAGAGCUGGUUGCUUUGAGAGGAAAUGGACAAGGGGAGCUCAAGGAAUGGGACCGAGUGUAUGAUUAUGCUUGCUACAAUGAUUUAUGGGAUCCUGAUGAUGAUCCAAAUGUAGAGAGCAGGCUAUCACUACUGAUGACCCUAGACAUAUACGUCCCAAGAGACGAGAGAUUUAGUCACCUGAAGCUGUCGGAUCUCCUUCUUAACGACCUCGAAGCCAUCGUUCAAAUCGUGAAGCCUGAACUGGAGGAUCUGUGCUCUGGAAAUGGGAAUGAAUUUGAUUCAUUUGAUGAUGCUUUGACGCUAUACGAUGGAGGGGUGAAGCUCUCUGGAGGUCCUACACUCGAUAACCUCUGGAAGAAUAAUCCUUUAGAUAUCAUCAACCUGAAAUACCCUUUGCCAGAAGUGAUCAGAGAGAGUAGGACUGCUUGGAGAACUGAUGAAGAAUUUGCAAGGGAAAUGUUGGCUGGGCUCAACCCUGUUAUCAUUAGUCUUCUUCAGGAGUUUCCACCGAGGAGCAAACUGAAUGCUAAAGUCUAUGGCAAUCAAGACAGUUCGAUUAGUGAAGAACACAUAAGGCAUUUCCUGAAAGGAUUGACGGUAGCUGAGGCAAUCAAGAGCAACAAGCUAUUCAUACUAGAUCACCACGACACAGUGAUACCAUACCUAAGAAGGAUUAACGACAACACCACCUCCAAAACAUACGCAACAAGAACAAUCCUAUACCUGCAAAACGAUGACACAUUGAAGCCAAUGGCGAUCGAGUUGAGCUUGCCACAUCCCGACGGAGACCAGUUCGGAGCCAUUAACAAAGUCUACACUCCACCACCUGCAGAUCAAAAGGAGGGAAGCCUUGAAGAAAUCAUUUGGCAGUUGGCCAAAGCAUAUGUAGCAGUAAACGAUUCUGUCUCCCACGAGCUCAUUACCCACUUCUUGCACACUCAUGCCGUGAUAGAGCCAUUUGUAAUUGCAACAAACAGGCAGCUGAGCCUAAUCCACCCGAUCUACAAGCUUCUGCACCCUCAUUUCCGAGAUACUAUGAGCAUAAACGCGAUUGCGAGACAGAUCCUCAUCAAUGGCGGAGGAGUGGUGGAGUUGGCGUUCUACCCUGCCAAGUACUCCAUGGAAUUCUCUUCUUCACUAUAUAAAGACUGGAACUUCACUGAGCAAGCCCUCCCUCAGGAUCUCAAGAAAAGGGGAAUGGCGGUUCCUCACCCAGAGUCCAAACACGGCCUCCGACUUCUGAUCAAAGACUACCCAUACGCCAUCGACGGGCUUGACAUCUGGUCGGUGAUAAGAAACUGGGUAUCCGAUUAUACAUCACUGUACUACAAAACCGAUGAGGCGAUUCGGAGUGAUACCGAGCUCCAAAUGUGGUGGAAGGAACUGGUGGAGGUCGGCCAUGGGGACAAGAGAGACGAGCCUUGGUGGCCCAAGAUGGAAAAUCGAGAAGAGCUCAUUGAAUCGUGCACGACGAUGAUAUGGAUUGCGUCGGCGCUCCAUGCGGCCACGAAUUUUGGGCAGUACACUUACUCCGGCUACAUGCCCAAUCGCCCCACCAACAGCCGGCGAUUCAUGCCGGUGGAAGGAACGGCAGAAUUCGAGGAGCUGAGAGAGAACCCAGAUAGGGCUUUCAUGAGGACGAUCACGGCGAAGCUUCAGACGCUGCUGGUGAUCUCGCUGAUUGAAGUUUUGUCAAUGCAUUCUUCGGACGAGGUUUAUCUAGGUCAGCGGGAUACAGCGGAGUGGACGGUGGAUUUGGAGGCGACGGCGGCGUUCGAGAGGUUUGGGAAGGCAUUGGCGGAAGUUGAGGAGAGGAUUGUGGAGAGGAACAGAGAGGAGAAGCUGAGGAAUCGGCAUGGACCGGUGAAGAUACCAUACACUCUGUUGUUUCCGUCCAGUGGGGCUGGUAUGACCGGCAAGGGGAUUCCAAAUAGUAUUACUAUUUGAAAAAAUUGGAUUAAAUUAUUAGAAUUUCCUUACUCGUGUGGUUAGUAGCGCGCAAUUUAACUUUAACUUUUGUAUGCAUAAUUGCUCUUGAUAAUUUAUAGGAUUAUAGGUAUAAUAUGCCCAUCAGUUCACCUAUAACGUUUUUUCAAAUAUGUCCCUCUACUACUGUUUACAUCAAACAUGACAUUGUA